AAGAACAUGUGUGCAUCAUGAAAUGAAACCUCAACCUCUCAUUCAUCAUUUACCUACCGAUGGCAAGCAUCUCAAAGAAUAUUAUGCUAGUGGAAAAUUAAUAUCUAAAAUUGCUCUUAUGACCGGAGGUGAUUCUGGCAUUAGUCGAUUGGUUGCUGCCUUAUUCUCACUCGAAGGUUGUGAAGGAAUAGCAAUC